AUGUCUGUAAGCGUUUCACCAUCUUCGCUAGUUCUUUCUGCAGCGGAAUAUAAAUUGCGUCUUGCUUGCAAUCAGUUCGUUGCAACACAUAGUUCAUUUACUCUUGAUAAGUGUUACUUGAGAAAAUUGUUCAUUGAUUUAUAUUGCGACGAGAAUAAGCUUUUGGUUGGGCAACAUCUGCUUCGAUUAUUGCUUGGAAGUUUGAUCAUCUCCAAAAGUAGCCUUUCGGCAUUUUUUGCCAAUCCGUUAUCUUUAUUGGCGGAAAGAUCGUCAUCUCAUAGUGAUUCUGCGCAGUUGUCCGUUAGUGAAAAUCUUGCAGAACGAUUAUUCAACGCAGAUUUUUGCGCAUACGUUUUAAAAAAGAUUUCGCUUGGAGAACUUCUUAAGAAAGUAUUGCAGAUUAUAGAGAUUUGCCUUGCUGAUCCUCUGCCAGCUUUUACAAAAAUAUUUUAUCAAUUUGUGGAUAUACUCGGCGAAAAUUUUUUUCGUGUUAAAUCUGGUCUUAACGCACGGUUUCUUGAAACUUUGCUUUUAACAGAAUUAGACUUGGAAAAUCUACCACAACUAAUCAUUGGAAUUGUUCUUAUCGAUUCUUCUAGAGAUUCUUAUUUAUCUCAAAAUAUAUCUCAUUAUUUGCAGUCUAAUUUUAUAUCAUUUGUGGAUAAAAGCAAAGACAAAGGUUUGCUUCUUUUAGAUAUAUUGUUAGUUGAAAAAGAGUUCACAGGGUUUGGAUCCAUCGAUUCAACGAUUUUUCUUCCAUUGGAAUCACUAUCAGAUACUUCAAAUAACAAGUUAUUUGCUUCAACUUCGCCACCUGUCGAUCAGCUUUUAGCGACUGAUUAUAUCGAUCUCGAAGAUAAAGAUUUAGAAACAUUCCUAGAAAGUAUGUCGACUCAGAAUUUGAAUCUUCUUGCUCAGCAAAUCAAGGAAAUAGGUGUACAGUUUACACUUAAUGUUGAAACUUGUGAGAAGCAUCUUUCUUCACUAAUUGGCGAAUCGAAUUCUAUAAACAAUUGUAGUGUUGCUAAAGUAAUUAUAAUGAUGAUGAACACAUGUUCAUCUGUCGCAGGUUAUCAUGGUGGAUCUGAAUUAGGAAUAAUUGAACAGUCAUCAUUAUCUGCUACUCAGCCGAUCUCGUGGAAUCCGAAGGUCUUUGCUGCUGCAUUAAGGAAACUGGGAACAUUGAGCUGGUGUGAAGUUGUGAUGCACUUGGACGAUCCCUCGUUUUUUGUCAAAAAUAAGGUUCAGUUGCAAUUCCUAACAACUUUUUUGUUAGAAGCACUUGGAUCAACACAGUUUCCGGUUGGGUUGAUAUAUAGAGAAUGGAAUUACUAUAAAGCUGGACAACUAUCGUGGAUUGAACAAAUCCUCAAAAAUCCUGAUGUCUUUUGUUUUGUCGACUAUCCUCAUCGACCUGUUAAUACUUCAUUGUUAAAAGUUCAAUCCGAAGAAGGAAAUAGGGACUUAUCAUCGUGGCACUCCUUGGAUCUUCUUGAAAUUUUGUUGAAGUUAAGCGAAGUAAAAAAAUUAUCUAAUAAUGUCGCGGCGUUGAUUCGGAAACCGAUGUCUAAUAUACCGGAUAUUUUGGUGCUGGCAUUGAUUCAACUUCAGCCGCAAGCGUUUGAAAUUCGUCGAAAUUACCUUGAAACUCUAAUACCAUCAUUGGUUAACAAUCAUCCGAAUGCUAUACCCGUUUUGAAUGCAGCUUGGAAUUGUGAUGAACUUGUCAAACCUCCAUGCCAAAUACGAGCAAUCAUUCUUUCAUCACUUUGUCUUUAUUACGAGAAAAGUACUGAUGAUUUUUCAUCAAAAUUAAAUCGAAUAUUGGAAUUGGCUCAUGAAUUGAAACCAAAUGGUCUAGCGGAAUUGUUCAAUGUACCACAAUAUCCAUUUAGUAUUGAUUUAGCUUGUCUAGCCUCUCGACGGGAUUUCCUCAAAUUGGAUAAAUGGGUUGAAGAUAAACUAGCAGAACAAGGCGUCGUUCAACAUUUUCAGGAUCAGUUCGCUCGACAUCUAAUUUCAUAUAUUAAACAAAGGUUUCUUCAUAUGGGUGGCUCAUCUUAUGCUAAUGCCAUUCCCCAAGAUACCGUUCAGGUUCUACUUAGUUCCUUGUCAAAGGCUACGUCGAUUUCAAGUUCAACCAUCAGUGAACUACAACAGAUUUUUCUCCAUCUCCGACAGAUUCAGGCUAAAGAUAAUCGUCCCGUCCCCGUAAAUGUUAGUUCUCGUACACAUUUGAGUUUGGGAACCAGUGGAAGAUCAUCGAACCUUUUUACUGGGACUGUUGGAUCAGCGUCAACUGUUCAGCAGAAUAGUGGAACAUUUAACGCUUUCUCUUUGAUUAAUCCAUCAACACAACCUAUGCAUACUCGUCAACAACAGCAAAAUACUUUACCCGUUCAAGUCUUCAAUUCGAAUCCAUCCUCCAGUGCUCUCAAUUCAACGCCUAGUGGCUUUGCACAGCAAACAGAGCUUAUAAAGCCAAAUUUUGGAGCAACUCAUACACUUUCAAUGUCACCAUCAGGGCAGAUGCUACGUAAUUUUAUUGGAUCAAAUGGUUCAACAAAUCGAGCUACGUCAGGUCCAAGUGGGCCUGGAUGGGGCUUACCUUCUGCAGUAGCCCCAACUACUGCGUUAAGAACAACUCCUGGUCCUAUUGUUUCGACCACUGGAUCAGUCGACUUUCGAGCGCAGUUACCACCUGCUGCGCCUACUUCAGGGACAAUUCUAGGCAAUAUGAGUGGAUUUGGACACAGCAGUAUCCAGCAACAUUCAGGAGUGCCAUUAACAUCUAGUGGGCGUUUAAACAUGCCAGUUCCGGAGGAUCUUACAAAAAUGCAUUUUUCUGAAGAAAUUCAAAAUGAAGCCAAUAUGUAUUUUCAACAAAUUUAUGCUCAAAAUAAUCAGAUGCCGGUCCAAGAAUUCCUUUCUAGAUUAAAAGUAUUCAAGAACUCUUCAAACCAAAGAGAUCGGGAUAUAUUAUCUUGUGUGGUGAAAAAUUUAUUCGAGGAAUAUCGUUUUUUCCGAGAAUAUCCCGAGCGUGAAUUAAGAACGACUGCUGAAGUCUAUGGUGGUAUUAUACGAGAAGGAAUUGUGACAAAUUUGCAAUUCGCCACUGCUGUGAAAAAAGUACUUGAAUCAUUGCAGUCUGAACCUGGUUCCAUGCUAUGGACCUUUGGUAUAGUAUCUUUAACUGCUUGUAGGCAGAGAUUAUGUGCAUAUCCUAAAGUUUGUUUGAUGCUUGCUGGUUCUGAAUCAUUCCAGCGUUUUCCACAAAUUCUAAAGGAUUUUGUAACUGCCGGUAUACAAGGGCAUCUUCCACCAGGACAACCAGAAACAAGUUGGCAAUCUCAGAGGGCACCUGUGAGUCCUGCUAUUGAUACCAGUCUUCGAACUAUGCCAGUUAGAUCGGGGCCAUCGGUGCUAUCAGUUACGAGUGUCGAUACUUUGAUUUGUGCAACCGAAAAGGAUGGCCAAAUAUUCAAGCAACCACCAGCUGACAUUUGCGAGAAGGUCGCAUUCUUGUUCAACAAUCUUAGCAAGGCAAAUCUUCCUAUAAAAAUCGAAGAAAUGAAACAAAUUGUGUCCGAGUUAGGGGACGAAUUUUUGAAAUGGCUUGCCCAAUAUUUAGUGAUGAGACGAGUAAGCAUCGAACAGAAUUUCCAGCCGUUAUACAAAAACUUUGUGGAAUCUCUUGCUGAUAAGAAUUUUGAAGAUUAUGUAAAAGAAGAAACAUUUCGAAAUAUCAGGGCAUUGAAAUUUUUGCAGAUUUUACUUCGAUCUGAUAAAAGGCAAGCAGCAAGUAAUUUUGGCGAUCGACAAUUAUUAAAAAAUCUUGGACUGUGGCUAGGAAGUAUAACCAUUGCUGACGAUCAUCCGAUUACAAUAGCAGAAUUGGAUAUGAAAUCAUUGCUGAUGGAAGCAUAUUAUAAGGGCCAAGAAGAAUUACUUUUUGUUGUUCCAUUCAUUGCUAAAAUCCUCAGUUCAUGUUGCAAAAGCACGAUUUUUGGUCCGAAUUGUGCCUGGAUCCGUGCUAUUUUACGCGUAAUGGCUGAAUUACAUUUGGAACCUGAUCUCAAACUUAAUCUGAAGUUUGAAAUAGAAGUAUUAUGUAAAGAAUUGGGUAUCGAUCUGCGCAACACACCCGUUGAAGGACUUCUUAAAGAUACAGAGCGGCUUAUCCGACUACCUCAGCAAUUGAGUGAGUUGAAGAUUCUGAAACAACCUGAGGUAAAUCAAUUUGAUUUCUCCACAAUUGGAUCUUCACCUGUGGCAUCUACCAGGCUUAUUGAACCUACUGUAAGCAUCAAUACUUUUUCUCAAGGUGCACAACAGCCACUCAGUGAUGUAGAGACUAACACAAGUCUUACUUCGUCAACUUCGUUGUGGGCUUUGGCUGGGUUUAAGGAGGACAGAUUGGUUGAAAGAGAUGUUGAGAUGUAUCAGAGGAUUUUGGCAAAGACAAGUGCUGGACCGAUUCCUCAGCAAGUAUCAUCUGCAUCUGCUUCACAUCUUGCAUUGGUUCCUGCACAUUCAUUGGCUCAUUUUCAUUAUCAUGACAUAAAUGUGGUUUCACUGGAUGGUCUCACACCUCAUAUUAAAAUGUCCGCUUCUCUUCCUUUGUUUCAGGUUUUGUCAUUAUAUAGUUUUCGAUUUUCUGUUCAGGUGAAUCCUCAAUUAAAACAUGUGGUUAAACCAGCAAUCUGCCAUGCUUUAAAAGAAUUGAUGGGUCCAUUAAUCGACAAAUCGUUGCGAAUCACUUUGUGCGUUGCAGAGAAUCUUUGUAAAAAGAUAAGUAUUUUUCUAAAUUUUUUAAUUUUUAACGAUUUUGCUUUGGACGGUGAUGAACAGCGUUUGAGACGAGCAGCUCAUAAUAUGGUUCGUUCAAUGUCAGCAGCAAUGACAUCAAUAGUCACGCGAGAACCUCUCCGAAGUACUAUUCUUAGUUUUCUUAAGCAAGCUUUUUCGAAUCAUCUGCAACCAGUUAGUGCUGAUCAAGUACGUUCUUUCCUGUUUCCUUUGAAGUUCAAAGCAGAAAUUUUUCAGAUGAAAUUAAUUGACGAAGCAGCCAUGAAAUUAACUGAAGAUAAUAUUGAGCUAGCAACAAGCUUCUGUACCAAAACUGCUUGCGAAAAAGCAAUACCUGAGCUAGAUAAGCGAUUGGAAUCUGAAUAUAUCGCUCGGAAACAAGCGCGUAGAGAUGGAAAGCAGUAUGUGGAUCCGGUUGCAUUAGCACAUGCACAACAAUUACCCGAAAAACUUCGUCCUGGUCCAAUGACUGCUCAACAGAUGGCUAUUUAUGAUGAAUUUUCGGGUCGUAUUUGUGGGUUUAAACCGACGACGGCUGAGGAUAUGAUAAUAGAUUUCAAUAUAAUGAAGUCAUCGACUCCAAAUGCACAACUACAAAUACAGCAGCCUGGAAAUCAUGAGAAAGAGAUUGAUGACUUCGUGCGAAAUCUUCAACUUAUGGUAUUCGACAUCGAUUCAUUAUUAGCAGCAAGCGGUAAUAUCCAGUCAAGACCAACUGUCGCCGUUGCUGCUAUACGUGACGGUUUGUCGCAAUUGGCCAUGAAUCCACGUGAUCCUAUACAGUUUUAUAAUUUAAUUCAACGGAUGGUUGAGCAGUUACUUCAUGCAUACAAAAGUCCUGAUACAUUGAUUCAACAACAAGGGCCAAACAUUCCGAAAGGUCAAAAUGAUGUUGAAUGGUUCAUACGUCUAAGAGAUGUUUUUGUCUCAACUUGUCGUAGCCUUUGUUCACAAAUUGCACCACUUGAAUUGGCACGCCGAAUCACUCGUUUCGUAAUUGAAUGUCGUCUUGACUGUAGAUUCAACAUUGAUGCACUUGAUCUUCUAAUAAAACAUUCCUUAAUUCAACUGAAUGUUUUCGAUCAACAUCUUGCUUUACAAAUCGAAGGAGGCAAUAAUUUUGAGGCCUUGAUAUUUGCCCAACGAUUUGUUAAAGCAAAUUUCGAUUCUGGUCCAAGGCAACAUGUUGUUGAAAAUUUUCCUCGCACUUUAGAACAACUCGCAAAAAUUCAACAGUUUACCCAGAAUCGGCCUACACCAACUGAUAGUUUCCAUUCUGCUGUUGUUCCAUCUGGAUCUGAAAGUCCUGCAAGUCCAGCAAUACGUACAGUUCCAACAGUCUCGAGCAUACCUCAUAAUGAUAGAAUGCAUUUGCCUAAUAUUUCGCUAAAUGUUACAAGUAACUCUAUGUCUUCUGUUAGUUCCGUUAAUGCAGGAAGAUUCGGAAUGGAUGAUGCAGAUAGUAGAUUCGUUCAAGAAUUGCAAAGCAAGGCUGAAUUUAUUUUACGUGAAUGGAUUCAGAUGUGUUAUAGUUCUAUAACUGUCCGAGAGCCACAGCAAGUUCUUGCUCAAAUUGUCCAUAUAAUGCAUGAACAUGGUGUACUGUCUACGGAUGAAAUGAUAACGAAGUUCUUCCGAAUAUGUACGGAAAUGUGCGUGGAUGUUUCUUAUCGACUUCUUAAAAGUGAGGCAGCUACAACGCAACCCACUAUUGUGCGACAGCGUUGUUAUUAUACCUUGGAUGCUUUCGUAAAACUGUCGUGUUUAAUGAUAAAAUACAGCGAUGGUAUCCAUAUGCAGAUGAAAGUUAGCUUAUUGAAGAAGAUUUUAAAUAUUGUUACUACCGUGUUAACUCUUGACCAUGGUGCGCGAGGUAAUGAUUUCCAUGCUAUGCCUUACCACAGAAUCAUUAUCGGAAUGUUUAAUGAUCUUUCACAGGAUCCAAUACUGGAAUCAGUAUCAUGGAAUAUCCUUGAAGCUUUUGGACAGGCAUUAUUUGUACUACAACCGCGUCGUGUUCCUGGUUUUGCGUUUUCGUGGCUCGAUAUUGUUGGUCAUAGGAAUUUUAUUGCUCGGCUUUUAAAAGACAGUGCAGAUACUUUGAAAACAACUGCUAUGUACACUCAACUGAUUAUUUCCCAUUUGAAAUUUUUGGCUCCCUUCCUACGAAAUAUUCAUUUACCGAGAGCAAUAAAUACGCUCUAUAAAGGUACUCUUCGUGUACUUCUUGUCAUUCUGCAUGACUUUCCAGAACUAUUGUGUGAAUAUCAUUUAGUGAUUUGUGAUGUUAUUCCGCCUAAUUGCGUACAACUUCGUAAUCUAGUAUUAAGCGCUUACCCAAAAAAUAUGCGCUUACCAGAUCCUUUUGGAUCUUGUUUGAAGAUGGAAGGUAUUGCUGAAAUGUCUCUUGAACCGAAAAUACAUAUCAAUAUGGCGACCAUUAUUCCAGUUGAUGUGCGUACUCAGUUGGACGAUUAUCUUACUAAUCGCUCUUCAAUAGAUUUUCUUGCCAAAUUGCCUGGUUUUCUUCAAGUUGAUGCAAGUGCUACAUCAGGAUGUAAAUAUAAUAUGACAGUGUUGAACGCGGUUGUAUUAUAUGCUGGAAUGCGUGCUAUUCAAAAUAUAGUGGAGAAACAGCAAUGUAUAACUAUGGCUACAAUUGCACACACGGCCUAUAUGGAUAUUUUCCAGAGUUUGUCAGUUAGUCUUUGCACAGAAGGUCGAUAUUUGUUGUUUAAUGCUAUAGCAAAUCAGUUGCGCUAUCCAAAUAGUCACACUCAUUACUUCAGCUGUACACUUUUAUAUCUUUUUCUGGAAGCAAACACGGAGAUUAUACAGGAACAGAUCACGCGGAUUUUAUUUGAACGUUUGGUUGCAUUGCGUCCUCACCCAUGGGGUCUUUUGAUAACAUUUGUCGAGCUGAUAAAAAAUCCGAUAUAUGGGUUUUGGAAACACAAGUUUGUUCGAUGUGCACCAGAAAUUGAAAGGCAGUUCUUUUCGCUUCUUAAUAGAAUUAUGGCUUUGUGGCUUGAAAAAAUCCUUUCAUAUCUUAAUUAUUUGCUUUUAAGAUUGUUUCAAAGCGUUGCUCAUUCAUGUAUGGCUCCCGGAACUUCACGUACUGCGGCCGUGAACGCUUCACAUAAUACACAAUCUUCGAUAUCUGUUGAAGAUAGUUCAUCGUCAAAUAUUUAA